CGCGACACCACGGGUUUCGCUUCUGCAUACCCAACUAUCUAUCUUCUUACCUAUCCACAGCUAGUCGGGGGCCAAAUCCAUUUCUAACUCGUCAUCAGGAGGAAUCCGAGGCCAAAUCCGAGGCCAAAUCCCAGGCCAACCCCGAGCCCUCGACAGUCGAUUCCGGCACAAGAACAAGUGAGCCUGGCUCAGGAAUACACAUUCCGACCGGGCGGGCCACGAGUUCAAAGUUCUGUGAUACUUGUACACUGGGCAGGCGAUUUCAGAUUCCGACUCGCAUCCAACCCGCCCGCGCCGCGAAGCGAAAGGCGGCCCCGUCGCCGCCCAUAGUAAUACGACCCGCACGGCGCAAGAAGGCGGCACCGGAACGGGGCAUUCGGCAGCAUGGAAUCCCGCCCAUCGACUGGGAGAGCUCUCACACAAUGGGACCCGACGAAACGAGGGGAGACUAUACCCUGGCUGUGCGCGACUGGCCCCGGUUGAUGAACAGUGACCCGGCUGAGCACGUUUCUUGUCCCCGGGCUUGCGCGCAGCUGCAGGGUCUCAACCUGGCGGGUUUCUGCAUGCAGCUGGAGAGGGCCGUGGGGGCCAAGAUCGCAGAGAUCCUGGCCAGAGACUGCGGGGAGAUCGAGACGGCCUCGGUCAACAGUCCGCGACGGCCUGACGAAGCGCCGGCUGCCGUUGGCAGCCAAGCUAAUGAACCCGAAACCGCGCGACAGUCCCACGGUGACCGGACCAACAACCGCGAGGUCGCCCACCCUGCUCCCUUUCCCUCUCCCUCGCCCCUCCGAACCCGCCCGCGCGGUCGCCGCUGCGCACUGGCGUCCAAGCCGAGUCCCGCGGCCCCCUUCGAACCCGCCGAGUCCCGCGGCCCCCUUCGAACCCGCCGCGGCCCUCGCCCCAGGCGAGGAGGACUGGCGCCCGCCCGCCAUCCGCAUCCCGCCGGCCGCCGGCCGCACCAGCAACCCUCCCAGUAGGCGCGAUAAUACCGGCACCUACACGACGAAUCCGUGCACUUGCCCGAGUGUCACCGGACGCCGUAGAGAAACGCGACCCGGCAGCGGCACC